UAAAUAACUAAAUAAAAUUUUGGAUUAGAAAAUUGCAGUUUCAAAAUUUUCGGUUUGGCACAAUCAAUAAAAUGUUGGAAAAUUUUUCGGAGUAAAUAAAUCAAAAUUCCACAAAAUUAAAUCCAUAAAAAGUUCUAAAAAUGUUUCGGUUUAAGUUAAAAGUAGUCAAUAUUUUAUUCAAUCAUUAUGUUAAAAAUAAGAAAGUGUCAAAUUAUUUAAAUAAUAAUUUUAAAACAAUAACGCCCGGUAAAAAUACAAUCUUAAAUCCGGAACUAAAACUGAACGAGGAAGCAACAAGUAGUUUGGAGGAUUGUGUGGAACAAAAUGAGAACGCUGAAAAAUUGAAAUUGGAACAAAUUCCCCCAUCUGUGCGCAACUUAAUAUUAGAACUUAAUCCACCAUAUCUCAUUACGGAUAUAUCCAAUGUAAUUAAGGCUAUGAUGACUACAUAUCCGAUAGGAGUAGGAAAUCUACUCAUAAUGCAUAAGUUGAAAUAUGUGCUAUAUGAAAGGUUUCAGCCUCCAAAGACUUGAAAUAAUGUGAAAUCGGACUUUGUGACUCUUCAUAUAGCUGAACAUUCUCAUUAGAUAUUGAAUUUUUUGCAUGGAGAACGCUGAAAAAUUGAAAUUGGAACAAAUUCCCCCAUCUGUGCGCAACUUAAUAUUAGAACUUAAUCCACCAUAUCUCAUUACGGAUAUAUCCAAUGUAAUUAAGGCUAUGAUGACUACAUAUCCGAUAGGAGUAGGAAAUCUACUCAUAAUGCAUAAGUUGAAAUAUGUGCUAUAUGAAAGGUUUCAGCCUCCAAAGACUUGAAAUAAUGUGAAAUCGGACUUUGUGACUCUUCAUAUAGCUGAACAUUCUCAUUAGAUAUUGAAUUUUUUGCAUGUCCAACACUUCCGAAAUCAUGGAAUAGGAAACCAAAUAAAUUUAAAUUGGUUCUAAAUAGUGGCUACGAAGUACCUAUGAUAGGUUUAGGAACAUGGAAUAGUUCACAGGCAGAUGUUGUCGAAGCUGUGCGAAUUGCAUUACUUGUGGGGUAUCGACAUAUCGACUGCGCUCACGUGUAUAGGAAUGAACAUAUUAUCGGACCAGCCCUUAGCGCAGCACUAGAUAACCAGUAUUUAGAUAGACAAGAUAUUUUUAUAACAAGCAAACUAUGGAACACAUUUCAUCGGCCAGAUUUAGUGCGCCCCGCAUGUAAGAAAACUUUAAAAGAUCUGGAAACAUCGUACUUAGAUUUGUAUUUAAUGCAUUCACCGAUGGCUUUUAGGGAAGGUAGCAGUCUUUUUCCAAAAGAUGCUCAUGGAAAAUUAUUGUUUUCAACAGUUAGUUUUAUUGAUACUUGGAAAGAGAUGGAAAAACUUGUUGAGGAUGGGCUAUGUAAAUCAAUUGGAGUAGCAAAUUUUAAUGAAGAUCAGCUUAAAGUUCUUCUAGAAAAUUGUAAAAUACCACCAGCAGUGAAUCAAAUAGAAUGUCAUCCAUUUUUAAUACAAAAAAGCCUUAUCGAGUUUUGUAAAUCGAAAGGCAUAGCAAUAACUGCAUAUAGUCCUUUAGGUUCACCUAAUAGUCACGGUUGGAAAGGAAAGAAUCAACCAACUAUAAUAAGGGAAUAUGAGGUGGACAAAUUGUCAUAUGAGUUUGAGAAAACUUCAGCCCAAGUUCUUAUCCGUUAUCAACUUCAACGUGGAAAUAUCGUAAUACCGAAAUCAGUUAAUAGCAGUCGCAUUGCAUCCAAUUUUGAUAUUGAAGAUUUUGAGUUAUCAGAACAAAAUAUGUCAUCUUUGGAUAAAUUGAACCGUGAUUUUCGUUUCUUUACAUUUUCUUAUGCGAAACAUCAUCCGGAUUACCCAUUUGUCAAAUAUAAGAAAUCGAAAAGUACAUUUGAGAAAAUUAAGGAUAAAGUCAGUAAAGAAUAAUAUUUUAGUCCAACAAUGCCGAAAUCUUGCAAUAGAAAACUAGACAAGAAGUUUAAGUUAGUUCUAAAUAGUGGCUACGAAGU